ACAGAACGGAUUUCAGACGAAAUCGAAAAACGUUCUGCUGAUCGCCGCGCCGAAACGUUGAUACAGCUCAGCCAUGACGAAGCACCAUCAGGAAGAUUUUGGCGAUGACCCCGACCCUUCUGAAUACCUUUUCGUUUCUCUUGAGCAGAAGAGAAAGGACCAGACCAAGCCUUACGAUGGCAAGAAGAUGGUCUGGGUUCCAGACGAUAAGGAGGGAUUCGUCCUUGGUAAUAUAGUGUCCACAAAGGGUGACUUGUGCACUGUGGAUGUGAAAGGAGAUGAGCGAACUCUGAAAAAAGAGCAACUACAGCAGGUGAAUCCACCAAAGUUUGAGAAAUGCGACGAUGUGUCAUCGUUGACUUAUUUGAAUGAAGCUAGCGUCUUGCACAACCUUAGAGAUCGUUAUAUCAACUGUAAUCUCAUUUAUACAUAUUCCGGCUUGUUCUGUGUCGCUAUCAAUCCAUAUAAACGUUUCCCCAUUUACACUAACCGCGUGGUUCAGAUGUACAAAGGAAAAAGGCGUGGUGAGAUGCCUCCACACAUAUUCGCUGUUUCAGAUGGAGCAUACAAUGAUAUGUUGCAAAAUCGUGAAAAUCAGUCCAUGUUGAUCACAGGAGAGUCUGGCGCUGGAAAAACUGAAAAUACUAAAAAAGUAAUUGCAUAUUUCGCCAAUGUCGGAAAGUCUUCCAAGGAAAAGAAAGAUAAGGAAGCUUCCAAAAAGGGAAAUCUAGAGGACCAAGUCAUUCAAACCAACCCUGUUCUAGAAGCUUUUGGUAAUGCCAAAACUGUGAGGAACGAUAAUUCAUCCAGAUUCGGUAAAUUCAUCAGAAUCCACUUUGGACCAAUGGGAAAACUUGCCGGUGCUGACAUUGAGACUUAUUUAUUAGAAAAGGCUCGUGUGAUAUCACAGCAGCCUUUGGAACGUUCGUAUCAUAUUUUCUACCAGAUCAUGUCUGGUAAAAUAAAGAAUCUGAAAGAAAAACUUCUACUCAGCGAUGACAUUCACGAUUAUCACUUCGUGUCCCAGGGUAAAAUUGACAUCCCAGGGGUGGAUGAUGCUGAAGAAAUGCAAUUGACUGAUAAUGGCUUUGAUGUAUUGGGAUUCACUGAUGAAGAAAAACUCAAUAUCUACAAGAUUACUGGUUCUGUAAUGCAUCUUGGUGAGUUAAAAUUUAAACAGAGACCACGAGAAGAACAAGCCGAAGCUGAUGGAACCGAAGCAGGUGAAAAAGUAGCACAUUUAUUGGGACUUAAUGCAGCUGAUCUCUAUAAGAACUUGUUGAAACCAAAGAUCAAAGUUGGUAAUGAACUUGUGACUCAAGGUAGAAACAAGGAACAGGUAGUGUAUUCUGUUGGAGCUUUGGCAAAGGCCAUGUAUGAUAGGCUUUUCAAAUGGCUAGUCAAAAGAGUAAAUGAAACUUUGGAUACCAAACAAAAACGACAACAUUUUAUUGGAGUCUUGGAUAUUGCAGGUUUUGAAAUUUUUGAUUUCAAUAGCUUUGAACAACUGUGCAUCAACUUCACAAAUGAAAAAUUGCAACAAUUCUUCAAUCACCACAUGUUUGUUUUGGAGCAAGAAGAGUAUAAACGUGAAGGCAUUGAAUGGACAUUCAUUGAUUUUGGUUUAGAUCUACAAGCUUGCAUCGAUUUAAUUGAAAAGCCUAUGGGUGUUUUGUCAAUUCUGGAGGAAGAAUCUAUGUUCCCUAAGGCCAGCGACAAAACAUUUGAGGAGAAAUUAAAAACCAAUCAUUUAGGCAAGUCACCAAAUUUUGUAAAGCCCAAACCACCCAAACCUGGUCAACAAGAAGCUCAUUUUGCCAUUGUUCAUUAUGCUGGAACUGUACCUUACAAUCUCAAUGGAUGGUUGGAGAAAAAUAAGGAUCCUCUUAAUGAUACUGUUGUGGACCAGUUUAAACAUGCUUCUAACAAAUUGCUGAAUGAUAUUUUUGAAGAUCAUUCUGGUUUAGGUGUUGAUGAUCCUAAAAAAGGUGGUGGUCGUAAGAAGGGCUCUGGCUUCCAGACUGUAUCAGCUCUGUACAGAGAACAACUGAACAAGUUGAUGACAACAUUGCGUUCAACACAACCACACUUUGUUCGUUGUAUUAUUCCAAAUGAAACUAAAUCACCAGGUGUUAUUGAUUCACAUUUGGUUAUGCAUCAAUUGACUUGCAAUGGUGUGUUGGAAGGUAUCCGUAUUUGCCGUAAAGGCUUUCCAAACAGAAUGGUUUAUCCUGACUUUAAACACAGAUACACAAUAUUGGCUCCCAAUUCCAUCCCAAAAGGGUUUGUUGAUGCAAAAAAAGCUACAGAAUGCAUUCUUACAGCUAUUCAACUAGAAGCAAAUGACUAUAGGUUGGGACAUACCAAGGUAUUCUUUAGAGCUGGUGUUUUGGGUAGACUUGAAGAAAUGAGAGAUGAAAGACUGGCAAAGAUUAUUACAUGGCUUCAAGCUUGGAUUAGAUGGUAUGAAUGCAAGAAAGAAUUCAAGAAGCUCCAAGAGCAAAGAAUUGCUCUACUUGUUAUUCAACGGAAUCUACGAAAGUUCUUGCAGCUUAGAAAUUGGUUAUGGUGGAAGUUGUACUCUAAGGUUAAGCCUCUUCUUAGCAUUGCAAGAGUGGAAGAUGAACUUAGAGCUCUGGAAGAAAAACUGAAAAUUGAGCAUGAAGCAUUUGUUAAAGAAGAGAAAGUUCGGAAAGAAUUAGAAACUACAAAUGUGAAACUCCUUCAGGAGAAAAAUGAUCUCUUUUUACAAUUGGAGGCUGAAAGGGCAACUUUUGGCGAUUUAGAAGAGCGAUUAAACAGAGCAUUAGCGCAGAAAGCUGAUUUAGCUAGCCAACUGACUGAUGUUCAAGAACGAUUAACCCAUGAAGAAGAUGCUCACCUUCAGAUGGCCCAGAUUAGGAAGAAACUUGAGUUAGAUUUAAAUACUUUAAAGAAAGAAGUAGAAGACUUAGAACUAACAAUUCAAAAGGCUGAACAAGAUAAGCAGUCACGAGACCAUCAAAUUAGAAAUCUUAAUGAAGAAAUUUCCCAUCAAGAUGAUUUGAUCAAUAAACUCACCAAGGAGAAAAAACAUCUACAAGAAAUCAAUCAGAAAACAUCUGAAGAUUUGCAAGUUACAGAAGACAAAGUCAAUCACCUUAAUAAAGUUAAAAUUAAGUUGGAACAAACUCUUGAUGAACUGGAAGACAGUUUGGAAAGAGAAAAGAAAUGCCGUGCUGAAAUGGAAAAAAUGAAACGAAAGACAGAAGGAGACUUGAAAUUAGCUCAAGAGGCUCUUGCUGACUUAGAAAAGGCAAAGAAAGAAGUAGAACAAGCCAGCCAAAGAAAAGAGAAAGAGAUGGCCAGUUUGGCAGCUAAACUUGAAGAUGAACAAAGUCUAGUGGCUAAAUUGCAAAAACAAAUCAAAGAGCUACAAGCAAGGAUAGAAGAAUUAGAAGAAGAGUUAGAAGCUGAAAGACAAGCUAGAUCUAAGGCUGAAAAACAACGAGCUGAUCUAGCUAGAGAAAUUGAAGAACUAAGUGAAAGACUUGAAGAAGCUGGUGGUGCAACUUCAGCUCAGGUUGAAUUGAACAAACGCCGAGAAGCAGAAAUGUCAAAACUCAGAAGAGAUUUAGAGGAAGCAAAUAUUCAGCAUGAGCAAGUGAUGUCUAACCUAAGAAAGAAACACAAUGAUGUCGUUGCUGAACUCAGUGAACAACUAGACCAAUUAAACAAACACAAAGCUAGGUUAGAAAAAGAGAAAGCUCAAAUGAAAGGUGAAUUAGAUGACUUGCGUUCCAGUGUUGAUCAUGUAAAUAAAGAAAAGGCCAAUGCUGAAAAACAAGCCAAACAAAUCGAAAUGCAAAUGAUGGAGUUACAAGGUAAAUUAGAUGAAGCUCAGCGUUCUUUGGCUGACUUUGAUCAAGCCAAAAAGAAACUUACUGUUGAAAAUGGGGAUCUCUUAAGGCAGUUAGAAGAGGCUGAAGGUCAAGUUGCACAGCUAACUAAACUGAAAAAUUCCCUUUCCAUGCAAUUAGAUGAAGUUAAGAGAACAGCUGAUGAAGAGAGCAGAGAAAGAGCUGCUGUCAUGAGCAAGUUCCGCAAUUUAGAACAUGAUUUAGACACGCUUAGAGAGCAAUUAGAGGAUGAACAAGAAGCUAAAGCUGAUCUGCAAAGACAAUUAAGUAAAGCUAAUGCUGAAGUUCAGCUGUGGAGGACAAAGUAUGAAAGUGAAGGCCUGGCACGCCUGGAGGAGCUAGAAGAUUCCAAACGUAAACUUCAAGCUAAAUUACAAGAGGCCGAUGAAACUAUUGAGCAAUUAAAUCAAAAAUGCAGUAGCUUAGAGAAGACAAAGACAAGGCUUCAGGGAGAACUUGAAGAUAUGUCUAUAGAAGUAGAAAAGGCCAACUCUCUUGCUAAUGCAUUAGAGAAGAAACAGAAAUCAUUUGAUAAAAUUGUUGCUGAAUGGAAACAGAGGGUAGAUGAUUUAGCUCUUGAGCUUGAUGCCUCACAGAGAGAAUGCAGGAACUAUUCCACUGAAGUCUUCAAGCUGAGAACUCAAUAUGAGGAAAGUCAAGAGCAAUAUGAAUCAGUCAAACGAGAAAACAAGAAUUUGCAAGAUGAAAUUAAAGAUUUGAUGGAUCAGCUUGGAGAAGGUGGUAGAAGUGUCCACGAGCUCGAAAAGAUUCGCAAACGCCUUGAGAUGGAAAAAGAAGAGUUGCAGGCAGCCUUAGAAGAAGCUGAAGCUGCUUUAGAACAAGAAGAAAACAAAGUACUUCGUGCUCAGCUAGAAUUAUCGCAAAUCAGACAAGAAAUCGAUCGAAGAUUACAAGAAAAGGAAGAAGAAUUUGAAAACACAAGAAAAAAUCACCAGCGGGCCAUUGAUUCCAUGCAAGCUAGCUUAGAAGCUGAAGCUCGAGGCAAAGCAGAAGCAUUGAGAUUGAAGAAGAAAUUGGAAAGUGAUAUUAAUGAACUUGAAAUUGCAUUAGAUCAUGCUAAUAAGGCCAAUGCUGAAGCUCAAAAGAACCUUAAAAAAUAUCAAGCCAACUUGAAGGAAGUACAAGCUGCACUAGAAGAAGAAAUCCGAGCACGAGACGAAUUGAGGGAGCAAUAUGCUAUGUCUGAAAGACACUGCAAUGCUCUUCAUGGAGAACUGGAAGAAAGCAGACAGCUUCUGGAGCAGUCUGAUAGGGCUCGACGUUCAUUAGAGUCAGAAUUGAAUGAAGCUCGUGAACAACUGAAUGAAUUAACAGCUAAUAAUGCUUCACUUUCCAUGGCUAAGAGAAAGCUUGAAGGAGAAAUGCAGGCAUUACAUGCCGACCUUGAUGAGAUGUUGAAUGAAGCCAAGAAUUCUGAAGAGAAAGCCAAGAAGGCCAUGGUUGAUGCUGCUCGCCUGGCCGAUGAACUCAGAUCUGAGCAAGAGCAUGCCAUGCAACAGGAGAAGAUGCGCAAAUCUCUUGAACAACAAUUGAAAGAUUUGCAAGUCAGGUUGGAUGAAGCCGAGGCUGCAGCUUUGAAAGGUGGAAAGAAAAUUAUUCAGAAACUUGAACAAAAGGUCAGAGAACUCGAAAAUGAGUUGGACAAUGAACAGAGGAAACAUUCUGAAGCUUCUAAGAACUACCGUAAAUCUGAAAGGAGGCUCAAGGAGAUACAGUUCCAGAUGGAAGAGGAUCGCAAAAAUCACGAGAGAAUGCAAGAUCUGGUAGAUAAACUCCAACAGAAAAUUAAGACAUACAAGAGGCAGAUUGAGGAGGCCGAGGAGAUUGCAGCCCUUAACCUUGCAAAAUACCGAAAGGUACAACAAGAACUCGAAGAUGCCGAAGAACGCGCGGAUAUGUCCGAGAAUGCGUUGGCCAAACUGAGAGCCAAGAAUAGGAGUUCUGUAUCAGCUUCCCGCGGCAUGAGUCCAGGUCCCAUCGCUAAACCCAUUUCACGCAAAAUCAAAGCAUCCGAUGAAUAAAUUUCCCACUGUUGGUGUUUUGUGUUGUAGGUGUCUUCCAGAUCCCAUUCAAAGAUGAGUUUGCCCGCAAUGAGUUUCAAUCGCAAUUCUUACGCUCCUGGUAAAUUCAGCUCUCACGAAUAUUUGGAUGAUAGCGACCAUUAAAAACGAACUUUUUCUGAAGUAUAUGCGAACUUGCGGGCAGCAAGAAUACUUCCAAGUUAUUUAUUUUAUACUUUAUAGUUUACGAAGCUAUGCACCUCAAAGAAGAUACUUGAAAAAAAAAAAUGCUGUGCCUCUCUUUUCUUCCAUAUUAUGAUUAAAUCAAAAUGCUAAUGGACUCUGAACUCAAAAUAAAAUCUUAUAUAAUCUUA